UAUUUGUAGACCUGGGAAAAAUAUAUAUAAUUCUUGAUUAUAUUAUCUUUAAUAACACAGCUUUCGAUACACGAUUCAUAACACUUCGCUCGAUACAAUUUAUUCCCAAAGUAACCUCCAAUUCGAAUUUAUACUCCAACUUUACUUGUUUCUUUACUAUGUGACACUAUGAAACAAAAAAAGGAGAAAAAUCAAUCAUAACUAUAACAAUAAUUUGACAGCUUUAGAAAAACGAUAAUUAGAGGCAAUAUUUUUAAAAUAAAUAAACAUCAACUAAUUCUAUCGUAAAAAAAUAUUGACUUCGGCCUGCAUGCUCUAUCUCCGUCCGUCUUUCGAAAUGAGACAGUGAUGGCUGAGCGCUCGUGCCAGACGGACCUGUACUACGUGUCCCCAAAACAAAUAUAAGAUUUACUUAUAAAAACUGUGCUGUGUUGUGUGUCCUAGUGAUAUACCGUGUGCACCAAAACCUUUAAGUUAUAAUGGGUAACAAGCAAUUGAAUAAAAAGAAGACAUCUCGAAAAAGACAACUCGGAAGAUUCCAACAAACAAUGGAACUAACGAAAAGAAGAAAAUUGGAUAAUUUCACAGCCGAACAUGAUACUACAUCUUUAGACUACAUCGAACUGCAAAAUAUGGAAAUGGAAUCUCCGAUUUCAUCAACCACUGACAUUCAAAGUAACGAUGAGGCGACCGGCUCAAACAUUUUGAACCCACGCAUUGCACAGGUGGAUGACACUUAUCGGGUUCCUAGUCUAUUAGAGGAAGAAGAUACCCAUGAGUUACAAAUAUCGUUCAAUGUGGAAGAAGGGCAUCCUGACAAAACCGUCAGUCGAAGAAUUGUCGCAGAUCCCCUAAUAACACACCCAACACACAUAUCCGGGCCGGACAGCGAAGGCCUGCGCGCAUCAUGGCGGACACUGCGCGUAUAUCCAGACGACUAUGAAACUCACCGGGGCUACCUCGCCCUGCGGUGUCGCGCGACAGUGCCAACUCGCCCGCCGAAUAUUAGAGCUAUGUCGGUGCGGCUGUAUGUCGCGACGCGCCCGCAUAUAUCAACGUACAUGUUUAGUAAGAAUAAAGCGGCCGCGGGCUGCGCGCGUCACCGCCUCCGCUCCGAGAUGAUCGUGUGGACCCUACUACUGCUGGCCAGGAGACGAGUGCCUUUGCUACGAGACUAGGUUAUCAUAUCGCACUCUCGCCAGGGAAACUUCACUAUUACAAUUCAAAAUUAAUAGAUUCAGGAGUUACAUUGCUAAAAUCAAUAUU